AUCUAUUGAGGAUACUAUAACCUUCUUCAUGUAUAUUUUAUGUCUUUUUCUUUUUUCAAAAAUGAAAAGUAAGUGAAGUUACUCUUGGAGUAAUAGCCAAGUCCUUAGUUAUGGCCAAAUUGGAAGGUUAGGGAUGCCUCUUGGACUCAUUGUCCUGAUAGGCAUUAUCAAGCAAGUUUUUCACGUAGUUAGGAGAAUGUUGUAGGAUGAGUAUAGAUCUCUUUCUUUCACUAGUUAAAUAAAGAUAUUAAGAAUUUUGGAUAGGUUUUAAAGAGGGGUUUUAGUGGUAAGUUGUGGCUAACAAUGUGGAAAAGAAGUUUAAAGUAAGGCCUUAAAUGGGUUUAACAUAGGCGAAGUUUGGAAGCAAGCAUUCCAAGAGAGAGAAGAACAUAUGGUUGCUGGACACAGAUAUGAAUGAUGAAAUGAUGAACUUUGGGUGGAAAAGUUCUACUUUUUUCCAUCCCAGAGGUAACACCAUUUCUGUUUCAGGAAAGCUAAGUUAGUUAUCUUUGACCUAAUAUGGAGGGAUAUUCUGGUGAUAAGGUCCUUCACCAUCGAUCAUGAGGUUGAGGGUUCGAGUUACCGAGGGGUACAAGAGGAAUACCACUUGGAAAUACCACUUGGGCCUCCUAGAUAGAAGUAGUAGGUUUGGAGGAUGGGGUCCAUCAUAUCAAGAAAAUUUCAAAUGGCUAUCUUUUGAAAAUUUCUUAGAAGUUGUUUUACUAGUUUGUAAUAUAAAUUCAUGUAGCAAAGUCAUUUUUAUAGGUUGCGAUGCAUGUCUAGAUGGAUUAGAAUGAAAGGGUUGCGGAGGCUGUGCUCUAACAUAGACGUGUCCCGUUGGGAUGGCCAUUGACCAUGAAUGAAUUGCAGUUCACUUGCUACUUAAUUUAUUUGUUAGUGCUAACUUGGGAAGAGAUAAAUCUCUUCUAUAGAAAGAAACAUUUACUUUAAAGCUUUCACUAUAUAUUAUGAGAUCACUAUGGAAUAAUUGGUGAAUAGUGUAUUGGGUGUUGGCUUCUUUUUCUUCCUGAGGUAUGGGAGUCCAUUUUACAGAACUCCCUCUGUUUGUAGUGAAAGACUGGAAGUGUUAAAUUUUGGUUUAACUUGUUAAAGAACGGGAAUUAUUUCUUAACAUAUGCUUUUGUCAGGUCGAUUUGCGCAGGGCGUACAAUUGCGAAAUCAUGCUUAUAAAAAUCAAGAUUCCCUUGCCUGAUAUGCUGGGCUUCUUUCACCUUCUUUAGCCGAGAGUCUAUCGGAAACAGUCUCUCUGUCCUUCCAGUGUGGGAAUGCUGUUUUGGCUUUGGAUUCGUCAGCUCUGGACAUUGAUCAAGUCGAAAAUCUUAUGAAGUUUUGCCCAACAAAAGAAGAAAUGGAGACACUAAGGAACUAUAAUGAGGACAAGGAAAUGCUUGGAAAGUGUAAGCAGUUUUUCCUGGAGCUGAUGCAGGUCCCACGAGUUGAGUCCAAGUUAAGAGUGUUUUCAUUUACUAUCACUUUUUUUAAUCAGGUGACUGACUUGAGAACUAACCUAAGUACAAUUAACAAUGCUACUAGAGAGGUGAAAGAAUCUGCCAAACUACGUCAAAUAAUGCAGACCAUUCUAACAUUGGGAAAUGCACUGAAUCAGGGUACAGCACGAGGAUCUGCUGUAGGGUUCAAAUUGGACAGUCUUCUUAAGCUUUCUGACACUCAGUGCUACAAACAACAAAAUGACCUUGAUGCAUUAUCUGUGCAAGUGAAAAGGGCACGCAUGGGAAAGACCCCCUAUUUGGUUUCUGGCCAUGUAGAAUCGCGCAGCGCUGCCAUGAUUACUCCAAUUUUGUAUCCAGAAGUAAAAAAUUGACAGACCUCAAAAUUC